AAAAUUAAUCAAGCUUUGCAAGGUAUAUAUUAUAUAUGUAUGUCUGAAUAUAUAAAUAGUAGUCGCAGGAAGUAGAAAAAACUGAAGUCGAGUGUGAUCAUAGAAGGUCUGGAUGACAAAGAACAGCACACAUAAUCGGAAGAUCUGCCACUGUGUUUGUACUCCCUCAUCGCCAAAGCUGCGGUGGCUGGAACUGCAUCAUGACAACAAGGCGAAACUACCAGGUGAAAGUUCCUGUGCCUGAUGGCGCUUUGCCUGGGAUGGUUUUGAGUGUGCCAGUCAAGCACGGCUCUGAAAAGAUUCAAAUUCGAGUGCCAGAUGGUUGUGGAAGUGGGAGCCUUCUAGCCUUGCUUCAGCCAGAAGGAUCUGAUGACUGGGAGUUGAAAGUGCUGGAGGCAGUUGCUCCAGAGGAUGUCAGUCGGGCACGAGAUGCGGCCGAAGAAUCCAGGGGGCCCAUCCAGCUGCCCAAGCUGAACAUAGAGGAACAAAGGCCGGUGGUGCAGACAGUGAGGCUGGACACGACCGCAGGUGUCAUUGACAUCCUCAUCCGUCAUGACUGGGCGCCGCAUGGUGCUCGAAGAUUUAUGGAGUUGGCCUCUGCUGGAGAUCUGACCGACUUGGCCUUCUAUCGCGCAAUUCAGGGCUGCAUCGUCCAGUUUGGCUUGCCCCCUAAGCGCAGCUGGUCUCCAUUACCUGAUGAUCCUCCAACAGGGGUGCCUUUCCUUUUGGGUGCUGUCAGCUUCGCAGCGGUAGGCCCCAACUCCAGGCGGUCGACUCUUUUCAUUUGCGUGGGUGAUAUGUCCCACUGUCUUGGCGACAAGCCGUGGGAGACGCCCAUUGGUGCAGUCGAGGAAAGCUCUUUGGAUGUUCUGGAGUUGAUCGACACCACCUAUGGUGACAUCAUAGAAUUUGGUGGCGAAGGCCCAGACACAAGUCGGAUUCAAUCUGAAGGGAAUUCCUAUUUGCGGAAGAACUUUCCCAAGUUGUCAUAUGUGAAAUCUGCCAUGGUCACACAUGAAGAGUGCGAAGGUGACGCCCAGGAACAGCAACAGGCCCAUCCUGGGGCACAAGAUCAACGGCAUGGAAUCAAUGUGGAGGAUGCGGCCGAGCAGGCUACCAGGGCCGCGCUGGAGGCUGCGACCCUGGCAAGCCAAGCCACAUCGCUCGCGGACCCUGAUCAGAUGAUCGAUGCCGUAAGGCGAGCUCGGGAAGCCGCCAAUGCUGCAGAGGCUGCUGCGCAGGCAGCUGAAGCAGCUCAUGCAGCCGCAGACAGAUCCAAAAGAGCCACCAUGACGGGAAGGACUGGCGGGCCAGAAGUGCCAAGGGCAAUGCUUCCUCCACAACAGAUGGUGCCUGGUGGCACCAUGGCUCAGCAGCCUAGCCGUCAUUCUCCAGGAGGUUGCAUGAUCUCGCCACAGCAGUUGUCUAUGGGCCAGGUGCCUUUGCUUGUGAAUUCUGGUUGUGCCGGUUGGCCGCCGCCAGCAUCCGUGCAGUAUGGUCAUCCGCAGGCUGCAUCUUGCGGCAGGGUCCCUGUGAAUCAGAUCCCGACCCAAUUUGCAGCAUGCCCUCCUGCGGCAAGACCUUAUGUUCAGAUUGAUUUGACUUAACUUUGACGAAAGACCAAUGAUCAGUUAUUGGCACUAGCCAGGCAGCCAGGCCAGUCAAGUGCAUGGCUUUUCCGAGCGCAAAUUGCGCAAGUCAUGGAUGUCACGGCGUUGAUUUCAUGGAUGUCAUGGCAUUGAAGGGGGACAAAAGCAAGUGCGCUGAAAGAGAGGUCAAAGUUGUUGGGCUAAGCCUUGAAGGUCAUUGCCUUGCAGCUAUGAUACUUGAGUGUGCUCAAUAUUGGGCAAAGGUUUGCCAUCGACCCUCCACCAUCUUGCAAGGAAAGCC